AUGACUGCGGAAAAGAUGCCCCUCAUGCUGGAUAAUACCGUGCCCGUCGAUCUAAAUGACGUGGAUGACUUGUUUGGAGAUGGUGUUGGCGUUGGGCUGUCACUUCCCGAUAGGUCUCAUAAUAAGCCGCUCUCACUCAAGGUUGAUGACCUGAGGAACCGUGGCUGCUGCCAGACGCUGGCAUGGUCCAAGUCUGGGACAAUUGCAACCAUAUCAGCGGACGGCCAGUACCUGCAGCACCGUUUCCUGCGAUGUAACCCGCUCGACGGGACCUGGGAUCUCAGCCAGCCGACGACAUGCGAGCUCCUCAGAGGAACUCCAGGCAUCCCCCUGGUUCACUUGGAGUGGGGGUCGACCAAUAUCCCGGAGCUUGCCAUCAUUGACGCGGUAGGGAGGGUUAUCAUCCUCAGCUUUUCCAUAUCACUCAACCACCCUUUUGUCACGAGGAAAUACGACACUGAUCUCAUCGACGAUGCCAACGCCGUUGUGGGAGCACACUGGCUUGCUGUCGCCCCAUCAAAUCAGCAGGUGAGCACACCAAACAUUGAAAAGCAGGGAGAUCAAGUACUGAUUUUCGAGAAGAAACCAUACAAUAUCAUGUACGGGCCUGCAGUUAAAAAGGGGCAUGUGUAUCAGUACGAGAGUUCCUUUGUCCAUGCUAGCGGACCAAGCCACCCGCAUUCAUCAAAAAGCGCUUUAUUCUGUGUCACAAUAAGCGGAAUGCUGAGAAUGUUCUGGUCUCAGAAUAAUAAUCGGAUGGAGGAGACUACGAUGGAGCUUGAGAGCGUGAAUUCGCUGGAUGAGUUGGUUACACAUGCGGCCCUUGCUUCUGACAGGAGACAUCUGCUUGUCGCCGUUGCUACUUCAUCAAAGCAGCUGAGACUGCUCAAGAUAGAAAUCCAAUGGGGCGGCCCUGGAUCGCAACCGGAUAAGAAUCCUCUGCCGCAGAACGCUCGAUUAAGCCCUUCUUUAGUCGAAAAGCAUCUCGCUGCUACAACAUGGUUGCAAACAGGCCCGAGAGAUGCCAACAAUGAUAUCUCUAUGGCCGAGCUAUCUCACUUACACGUUCUCCCUUCUAUCAUGGACAACACGGGCAAGAGCAUAGUUCCUCCAACGAUUGUAGCUAUUAGGACGCGUUCACCUACACCUGGAUCUUACCAAGUAGCCCAAACGGUCAUUGACCGCUGGGAAGCAGUGUCUGAGCCGCGGCAGAACCUUCAUCAGGCUUUUGAGCAGCUGGGGAGUCGAAGAAAUAGUGACGCGACAGAACAGACGGCUCCCACUAGACUGCGAAAGCUAGAGCCGAUUAUCCUCAACAAGAUGGUCAUUAGUUUCCAGUCGACCCAAUUUGGAAAAGUCUUGAUAUUAACCAUGGCCGACGGUACCGUCGAAUACCGAGAUCGCUACACUUUUGAAGAAAUGUAUACGACCGAGGACUCUAAUAAAGUGAUGAAUCUGCGCCAAGUUGGCUGGGCGUUUGGCGGAGAAGGCCCAUGCCAACAGGUUGCCUUUUCUCCAACCCAGUGUUCCAUGAUCCAAAUGUCAGAAGAUGGAAAGAUUAGAUGGUGCAAGCUGCAAUACCCGCUCGGGGAUAUUGGCGACUCUCAUCUAGAUGCGCAUUAUGCGUCUUCGGUAGCGGGUCUGGCGGUGGCAACCGCAUCUGCCAUAUGGUAUCAGGCCAAUUACGAUGAUAUGCUUGCCAUUGUCGCACCCUAUACGUCAAAGAGGCGAUUUAUUCAAGACUGGACCAACGAGAUGAUUAAAGUCCUGAAGAUUCAGGUCGACUACUCCGAAGAGCUCCACCAUGACUCGCUAAUGAGAAACCUUCCGCUUCAAGGCAUCUUGAGUAUUAUGAAUAGCUUGGGCUUCAAGGGGGAAAUGCAUGCCAGGUCAUUCCAGGGCAAAUUUGCCAUGGUUUAUCUCAACGCACGCAAUGUGGUUGUCCUCAUCACUCUCGCAAGCAACAUGCCAGCGACGGCGCGAGAGAAGAUGAGCCCUCUGGACGAACCUGAGGUUGUCGAGGCUUUAGCUGGUUGCGCCAAGUGGUCUUUAGAUCUACUCUCAUGGCUGGUUGACUGCUUAUUCGCGCUGAUGAAUGACAGCGAGUUUAUGGCGAGGUUGGAGCCCAAGCGGAUUGGAGAGCUGACGCCAUAUCUCCAUAAACAAAACGACAUAUCAUUGCAUCUCUUACUCUCGUCAUCUAGCAGAAGCUUUCUCUUGGCAAUAUGCCGCAGAAUUGCUCACCUAGAGCAGCUGAGUACAAAAGCCAAUGAAUUCUACCGCAGACAGCCACAGAUGGGCGUGGACCAAACAGGUGCCCCCAGGCCACUGAACCCUCAGCUUCAGCAAGCGUACCAGAAAAUGCAGCAAAUCACUUCGUCUUGCCUUAUCAAAGCCGGUGAGUUUGAAAAACUGCUCAACAUUCUCGGCGGGGACGUUCGCCAAGCGUACCAAUCGUUUCUCCCGACCUUGGUCAAGAAUCAAACGGGAGCGCCUCAGGGGAAACAGAUUGAUAUGGCUGUCAAAGCUGCACAAAUCCAGCUCGAGCUGAGUAUGCUCCUGGCGGCAUCACCACCGGCGCCCUUUCUACCAGUCAUCAAGAAGCUCUUUACCAAGGACUUGCCGGCCUUCAAAGCCCUCACCGACCCUGCAAAGCUCUUCUUUGCAAACUACGACCUUCUCGGUGUGCAGGACGACAAAUCCCAGCUGCCUCAAGACGUUUACAUCGAUUUGUUCAGAAAAGCGGAGAUUAAGCUUGGAGCUCAGCAGUGGAGGAGGUGUACCCGGUGCGCUUCCGUGAUGGAAGACGUGUUUGGAACGCGCCCUGGGUAUACUUUUGUUCUGGGACAGCAGCGUAGAUGCGCCUGUGGCGGUGUCUGGGCACUGCUGCCAAAGGGGAAGCUAUAUUUAUAA